AUGCUGGCACACCACUGCUCAACCCAGGAUAUGAAGAUACUUGGCCUUGUAGCUUUUCUUUUUUUACUUGGGCCGAUUGUUUGCCAGAACAACCGCCAGAACAAUGUCAAGACUGGUGGCAAGUCUACCAAAAAGUCUGAUGGAACGCAAGCAGCAGAUGUGAACCAGUCCUCUGCAGAAGGUGGUGCAGCUGUGACAGGCUCCAGCAGAAAUCGAGGUGGUGGGAACAGAGGAGCUUCAGUUGCUCCUGCUGGUGCUGGCAGCACCAGGACACCUGGACAACAGCCAGAGGAGAUGAGACUACACUUCCUUAAAAACACACAAGUCACAUGCAACGAUGGAACAGCCGCAGGGUUUUACCUUAGAGAGGUAAGAGGGAGCCGCCGAUGGCUGUUAUUUCUGGAAGGAGGCUGGUGCUGCUACAGCAAAGAGACCUGUGAUUUCAGGUACCAAAAUAUCCCACGGCUGAUGAGCUCAUCAGGGUGGUCCCAAACAAAGACAGGGAGUGGCAUAUUGUCUUUUCAGGCUGAAGAAAAUCCACAUUGGCAUAAUGCUAACAUUGUAUUUAUCCCAUAUUGUUCGAGUGAUGUGUGGAGUGGGACAGGAUCUGCACCAAGCCCACCUUCUAGACCAAGAGGCAGAGAUAAAGACCACAAUGCAAAUACAACUGAAUACACCUUCAUGGGAUCCUUGAUCAUCCGUGAGGUCAUCAAAGACUUGAUUCCUAAAGGAAUAAAGCAGGCCAAGGUUGUUAUGCUGACCGGUGCAAGUGCUGGAGGUACUGGAGUCUUACUGAACAUUGAUCGAGUGGCUGGUCAGCUGGAGCAGCUGGGGGCAGAGGCACAGGUCCGCGGCUUGGUGGAUUCAGGCUGGUUUCUUGAAAGUAAACAGCAAAGAUCUCCAAACUGUCCUGAAACCAUUUCAUGCUCCCCUGAAGAUGCCAUAAAGAUGGGACUCAAAUUGUGGAAUGGAAUUGUCCCAAAUAGAUGCCGGCAGCUUUAUAAAAAAGGAGAAGAAUGGCAGUGCUUCUUUGGCCAUAAACUAUACUCUACAAUGACAUCUCCACUGUUUGUGGUGCAGUGGCUUUUUGACGAAGAGCAGCUGAGAGUGGAGAACAUUUAUAUGGGGAGCCAGCGGAUGACUCAGGAGCAAUGGCAGUACAUACAAAACCUGGGACGGGAGCUGAAAACAUCUCUCAGUGAUGUUACGGCUGUGUUUUCCCCGUCCUGCCUUUCACAUACAAUGCUUACCAAAAGUAACUGGUUGACUUUCCAAGUUAAAGGCACUUCUCUGCCACGGGCCUUGCAAUGUUGGGACAAGAAUCUGGAGGCAGCACGAAACAAUAGGACCCCUGCCAGAGGUUGCCCGUUCCACUUAGUGGACACCUGCCAGUGGCCCCAGUGCAACCCCACCUGCCCUGUCUUGGUGGACCAGGCGACCCAGCAGGAGCUCACGCUGCUGCAGCUGUUAGCAGCAAUGGGCCUGGACCUCCAGAGUCUGGGGAUAGAUCCACAAGAAGGGGUGGAUUCUUUGGUUAGCCCGAUAAGCAAUGGGGGUUAA